AUGUCUGCCAAUUUCGUCCACCUGCAGAAGGAAAUCUCAAUGGAACAAUGUAUAGAUUUUGGGACAUGGGCUUUUCAGUACUUCUGUGAAGUUACCACGCCCGCCAUGGCAGAAUGGACGUUUGCAGGCAGCGCCCAGGACUUUUGGUUCCGUCAUGUCCGACAAUGCGCGACGUCGAUACCGGGGGUUCGUCACCUCGCAGUCGCCCUCGCCGGCAGGCAUAAGUGCACGUCUAACCUGGCUCCGGACGAGCCCUCCUUUGCAUCGGGACAAUAUCUCCUAGCUUUGUCCUGGCUCACUCGAGAAAAGGUGGCAAUUUGUGUGGACACGGUGCUUCUGUGUUGCAUCUUGAUAGCAGUUUACGAAUAUCUGGAUCCACAUACCGAGUGUUAUGGGGGGUUGUCACAUCUCGCCGCUGCUUUUCGCAUCAUGAACGACCCUAAUACCAUGAGGACCUCUGCUGCCAGAUCCAUGUACUCCAUAGCUCUACAGGUGGAGACAGUUGUUUCCAUCUUCAGAACUCUCAUCGUCCUUCCUGGUGGAGAUCCGAAUGUUCUCUUUGACCAGAGCAUACCACAUAUACUAGAAGCAUUCCAGAGUCCUGCUCAAAUGCAACGAAAGUUCUUCAAGAUCAUUCGCUGGCGGUUCAUAUAUUCCCUCUGCCACAGAGAAUGGACCAGUGAUUGUUCUAGCUUCCACCAGCUCCACAACCUAAUGCGGCAGUGGUACGGACUAGUUUGCCAUUAUAUCCGUGGAUUCAACGAAGAGAAACCCGCGAGCGAAGACCUCCAGCUCGCCAAGACAAUGUCAGUCCAGUUUCGGAUGAUAUAUGCUGCCCUCUGGUAUUCGAUCAGUGACAAGAGCCCCAAGCAUCAGCAUCCCGGUCAUGCCAAUUUGGUUGCCUUGUCGGAUCCUGACGAAGUGACAGGGUUUUGUCCAUGUCAAGAUUGA